CUGGGAUUGCAGUGAAGAAAACUUGUUUGAAAUUUUUAUUUUUUCGCAAAGAGCGCAACAUGAGUUGAGCUAUUACUCUAUUCUCCACCGCUUAUUUGAGGCCAAAAUAAACUCAACAUUCAAACUAACAGGUGAGGAUGUACGGACAAAACAAAGCUUUCAUUUUGCUUUUGUGUGCCGCCAGUAGUGCUGUGCUAGGCUUAAAAGUGAAAAACUGCACAGUGUCCAACAAUGCUUCAAUAUCCAGCCCCUUAGUAGAGCCGUGUCCGGCGAAUUCACAAUGCAUGCUGGUUAAUAGUACAUUUAAAUGCAUUUGCCUGCCUAAUUUCCAACAAAAUGCAAUUCCUAUCUCAUUGCCCGACUUGGAACAUGCGUUUAUACCUUAUUGCCUUCUAAAAAAUGUAAGCGACGAAUUGACAAUGCAGCCAGUCGAGGAGCAAUCAAAAAUGAUGUUCUAUAUUCGGUCACCUGCAGAGAUGGAGAAUUUAGUUUUUGCCAUUCUGCUCGUACUACUUGGUGUCAUAUCUGUUGUGGCUAUUGUGUACCUUAUAAAGCUUUUGAGGCCUUUGAAAAGGACGAAAGUUGCUUAUGUUAGGCUGAAGCGGCGAAAUAACAAACACCAGCGUUUAGUGGAGGAGGAAGUAUAUGACGGUAUCGCUAUGACUCGACGUGAUGAAAAUGCGCAGUAUUAUUAAAAAUUCCAACACCA